GGCGGGGUACUCAGGGUCCGACAGCCGGUGGGUCCGGGCCAUGGGGCAGCCCUGGGCGGUAGGGAGCGCGGAGGGGGCGCCCGCGCGGCUGCCUCUCGUGCUCACCGCGCUGUGGGCCGCGGCUGUGGGCCUGGAGCUGGCCUAUGUGCUGGUUCUGGGUCCCGGGCCGCCCCCGCUGGGACCCCUGGCUCGGGCCUUGCAGUUAGUGCUGGCCGCCUUCCAGCUGCUCAACCUGCUGGGCAACGUGGGGCUCUUCCUGCGCUCGGACCCCAGCAUCCGGGGCGUGAUGCUGGCCGGCCGCGGUCUGGGCCAGGGCUGGGCUUACUGCUACCAGUGCCAAAGCCAGGUGCCACCACGCAGUGGGCAUUGCUCUGCCUGCCGUGUCUGCAUCCUUCGUCGGGAUCACCACUGCCGCCUGCUGGGCCGCUGUGUGGGAUUCCACAACUACCGGCCCUUCCUGUGCCUGUUGCUUCAUGCUGCGGGCGUCCUGCUCCACAUCUCUGUGCUGCUGGGCCCUGCCCUGUCAGCCCUCCUGCGAGCCCACGCGCCCCUCCACACCGCAGCCCUCCUCCUGCUGCCCUGGCUCAUGCUGCUCACAGGCAGAGUGUCUCUGGCGCAGUUUGCCUUGGCCUUUGUGACCGAUACAUGCGUGGCAGGUGCACUGUUAUGUGGGGCUGGGCUGCUCUUCCAUGGGAUGCUGCUGUUGCGGGGCCAGACCACGUGGGAGUGGGCUCGGGGCCAGCACUCUUAUGACCUGGGCCCUUGCCACAACUUGCAGGCGGCCCUGGGGCCCCGCUGGGUCCUUGUCUGGCUCUGGCCCUUCCUGGCCUCCCCACUGCCUGGGGAUGGGAUCACCUUCCAGACUGCAGCUGAUGUGGGCCUCAUGCCUUCCUGAUUUCAGGAAGAGCUGGAGAUGUUCAGGGAGAGGGCAGCAGGAGAGGGGGCUCCUAACUCCUUUCAGGCCCACUCCCAGCCUCAGGAGGGGAGGUGGGUUGGUACUUACUACCUUUCAGCAACUCCAGUCCUAUCCUUGGCCUUUGCCCUGCCCAACCUGGUCUCCAGUGUCCAGGGCUUGGGUCCUGCAACUCUGCCUCUAUUGCCCCCCUACUCCCAAGUAUAGAGGACAGUUUGGUAAGGGGCUGCUUGGCCAGCCUAGUCACCCCUUUGCUGGGUUAAUAAAGUGCCCACUUGGUUCUUGGAUCCCCUCCAUCUUUCGGGGUUUCUGGUCCCUCUGAUUGCCACACAUGGGAACCACAGAACACUUGAGGGCUUGGGGGCGGGGGCCAGGGAUCUGCCUCCUGUGGCUUUGGUGGGGGUGGGGCUGGGGCACCAGCAGACCAAGGCAGCAUGAGGUGAUCCAGGGAAAAAGAAACAUUCUUUCCUAGAUUCUGUGCUUUAUAGUUAGAAGCAUCUCCAUAACACUCACUGUGCCUCUCUCCGGCUAAUCUGGUACCAAGGGCAGCAAUUAUGGGAGUUGAUAGGAUCUCAGGGCAGUGAAUGGAGGAGUCAGGAUUUGAACCCAGAUUUUUGUGCUUUCUCCUUCACCCUUACACAGCUGAGGAAAGUAUGCAAAAUGGAGGCAGAGAAAUCAGGUAGGGAUAUUCAAGCAUCUGAAGGAGGAUGCUCAGAAGGCUAAGCUCUUCCUCUCUGGACUCUUCAAGAGCUACCUGUUAAACAUUUUAUUCAAAUAUAGUAAACAGAUUUCCAAUGUGGCAGGUUUAAACACAUAGGUUUACCUGUCUCCUCUUCAAAUCUAUAUGAUAGUGAAGAAAUAAAACAUAUAAAUUUACAAAGAUAAAGAAAAUAGGAGACAGUAGUAGACCAAAGAGCCUGAUGACAUUUUGAAAGAUGGGAAGUGGAUGGAAGCUCAUUUCCUCUUUUAGCAGAGAAUUAGAAACCACUCCUAGAGGGAGGAGCCAAAAGCAGCCAAACUGUCUCCCAGAGCCCUGGAGAGGCUCAGGAACUCUCCUGGCACCAUGGAACCAAGGUGUGGGACCGACAUGGACUGAUUCAGUCUUGAAGAGGGGCAGCUAGGUUGCCCCUCCCCACAGGGCCCACCCCACCCUGUGCAGCCAGCAGCUAGCCAUCUGGGGUACAGGUGGGGACUGUUCAAAGCAGCUUUGGGUUUCAGAGGCACUGGGGAGGGUGGGGGUGAGGGGCUGGACCAAAAAUUGGAUUAAGUGAAAAAGUCUACAGAUGCUGCUGGGGGUCGGGGGGAAUGUCAUCCAGUGACAUGGCAGGCUUGUCACCCAGGAACUCUGAGAGAAGCCCAUCCUUCAGACAUGCCCUGCCCAUGCCCACAAAGGUUUGAGCUGUUAGGACUUUUUUGUUUUCCCAAAUGGCAUGUUGAAGUACUAGUUCUUAACUGUUAGGAAUUUGGUGUGCCUAGCACCUUGUGCUGUACAUAAGCAUUGGCAGACUUCUAGUUUCCUCCUCAGCUUUAACCCUCUGGAACGCUUUUUUUUUUUUGUAAUUAAAUAGUAAGGAGAUGCAAGAAAAUAUAAAAUAAACUCCUCCCCCUUCCCAUUUAAGGGAUGGAUACCACUUCCUUUGAACCCCUGCUGUGCCCCUCCCCAGUGGAGAAAACACUGUCCUGUCUUCAUCAUUCCCUUGCUUUGCCUUGCAAUUGUAUUACCUAUGUUUGUAUUGGUUUUGCAUGUUUUUUAAUUUUAUGUAAAUGGAAUCAUACCAUGUUUAUUCCUCUGUGACUUACCUUUACACACAUUAUGUUCCUGAAAUUUACCCAGAUUAACAUGUAGAGCUGUAGGGUAUUCCUUUUCCUUGCUGUAUAGUGAGGCAUUGAAUAUACAAUUUAUUUUCCCAUUUUGUCCACCCCUAUUAUAUGACUCCCUAGGAUCUAUUCUUGGUCCUUGCUCUUCCGUACAAAUUUUAGAAUCCCCUUGUCAAAUUCCACCAGUAAAAAUUCUCUUUGAGAUUGUGAAUGAAAUCCAAAUGAAUCUAUAGAGCAGUCUGGGAAAAAUCAACAUUCAUAUCAAAUUAUGUUUUUCGGUUCAUGAACAUCAUGUAUCCAUUAAAUGUUUUCAAUAAAGUUACAUAUUUUUUUUCUCAUAAA